AUGGAGAAUAAAACAAUCCAGUAUUACGAUGGCCCCUAUUCUGCACAUCUCAGAUCCGGUGAAGUGGAAAUGUUAGGUGCUGGGCUGACUGGGGAGGACCUGGCUUCAGUCCCCGAACACUGGCUAUCGUUCCCCGCGCCGCCGGCUAGCGCCCACACUGCGCUUGCGCUGCUUUACAUAUUUUUCACUGCCGCCGCUUUACUUGGAAAUGGCCUUGUCAUUUUUAUAUUUUCCACAACCAAAAGCCUUCGAACUUCUAGUAAUCUACUCAUCCUCCAGCUAGCAAUACUAGAUUUUAUUAUGAUGGCCAAAGCCCCGAUAUUUAUUUACAACAGUGCCAUGAGAGGGUUCGCUACGGGUGCUCUCGGUUGCCAAAUAUUUGCUCUAAUGGGAGCUUACAGCGGUAUCGGAGCGGGCAUGACAAAUGCCUGCAUAGCUUACGAUAGACACUCCACAAUCACGCGGCCGCUAGAUGGCCGGCUGUCUAGGGGAAAAGCUCUUUUGAUGAUUGCAAUUAUCUGGAUAUAUGCAACACCUUGGGCACUAUUGCCACUGUUCAAAAUUUGGGGGCGAUAUGUACCGGAGGGCUACCUUACUUCGUGCACUUUUGAUUAUUUGACGAACACUUUCGAUACGAAAUUGUUUGUGGCGUGCAUUUUCGCGUGCAGCUACGUUUUACCGAUGUCUUUGAUCAUUUACUUCUACAGUGGCAUUGUAAAGCAAGUCUUCGCACACGAAGCAGCGCUGAGAGAACAGGCUAAGAAAAUGAACGUGGAGUCGCUGCGAGCUAAUCAAACUGCUGGCGCUCAGUCGGCUGAGAUCCGGAUAGCCAAGGCAGCACUCACCGUUUGUUUUCUGUUUGUGGCCUCUUGGACACCUUAUGGUGUUAUGGCUCUCAUAGGAGCAUUCGGCAACCAGCAACUUUUGACACCUGGGGUCACAAUGAUUCCAGCUGUAGCAUGUAAGGCUGUCGCAUGUAUCGAUCCCUGGGUGUACGCAAUCAGUCAUCCAAAGUACAGACAAGAGUUACAGCGUCGCAUGCCUUGGCUUCAAAUCGAUGAACCGGACGACACCGCAUCGACGACAACUACAGUCAGUGCGCCGCCUCCUGUUCCUUCUGCUUAA